AUGAAGUUCAUUCCACUAUGUUUCCUAAUCUCUCUCUUGGUGUUGUUAUUCAACACACAACCCUUACAAGGAGCUGAACCAGAACCAGUAGUAGACAAACAAGGUAAACCUCUUCAACCAAGUGAAGGUUACUACGUCUUCCCACUAUGGGCCGACAAUGGAGGCAUUACAUUGAGUCCAACAAGAAACAGAACAUGUCCUCUCGACGUCAUCCGUAACCCGGCCGCACUCGGCUCGCCGGUGUACUUCUCUGCACCAGGUCUUGAUUACAUUCCAACUCAGACUGAUCUCACCGUUGAGAUUCCAAUUCUCGGCAGUCCUUGCAAAGAGCCAAAAAUAUGGAAGCUUUCAAAAGAGGGAUCAGGGUUCUGGUUUGUGAGCACCGGUGGUGCGGCUGGGAACCUUGUCAGUAAGUUCAAGAUUGAGAGGCUUGAAGGUGAACAUGCUUAUGAGAUUUAUAGCUUCAAGUUCUGUCCUUCUGUUCCUGGUGUUCUUUGUGCUCCUGUUGGGACUUUUGAAGAUAGUGAUGGAACUAAAGUUAUGGCUGUUGGUGAUGGUAUUGAUGAACCUUAUUAUGUUAGGUUUCAGAAAGUUUCCACUUUUGCUCAAGGUUUGAGCAGUGUUUAG